AUGAUUUUCCAGUUUUGUCAAGCAGCUGACUUAACUUGUUCAUCUCCGAAGCUAUCAAAAUCUCGGUCUACACCCAGUCUGAUAGCGGUAUUGUUCUGCCAAAGUGGUAUAGUUAAAGUCAAUGCGGUGCGUGGCAUUGCAGCACACAUACUUAGCCGAGAAAGUAUAACCGGACUGAUUUUGGUCCUGCAAAGUCAUAUAACAAAUCAAGCUUGGAACUCCUUUGAACUCUUCUCGUUCAAGGUCGAGUUAUUUCAGAUAACCGAUUUGCUGGUUAACAUAACCAAACAUGUCUUAAGGCCAAAACAUCAGGUUUUAAAUGAUAAAGAGAAGAAAUCACUUCUCAAGAAGUUCAGUAUUGAGGAGAAACAACUUCCUCGGUUAUCGAAGCAAGACCCGACUGUGCGAUACUACGGGCUAGAGGAAGGGCAAGUCGUGAAGGUCACAUACAAAGACGACCUCACUGAGUCGAAUGUUACGUACCGAUGCGUCUGGUAA